GGUGCCUUUACGACCGAUGUAGGGCAAGUCGACCAUGUACCCUCCAAUGAUGGCGCCGGGUACACCGAUUACAGAGAGGAUCACCGUGUUCCGACUAGAGGUGGUAUAAGAUACAUGUGUAUUACUGGCUCAGUGGACGUACUAGGUAGUGUUGAUGCUGCCGUCUCCAAAGUCGGUUCCUCGCAGGGUAAAGCUGUAUCCAGUUAG